ACAGUUUGACCAAGCAGGCAACCACUGGGAAGUGGGAAGCAAUAAAAUUCUCUUCAAUAACCCACCUGAAACUCCCAAUAUUAGCCAGAUUCUUAACUCCACCGCCACGUGACCCUCGCCGUCGGUACGGCACGUCCUCUGUAUCGGACCACGUGAUCUCUCUCUGAAGGCACCAACCUUCCCGCUCGUCCCCUUACUUUCUGGGUGAUCAUAACAAAGCAUCGGUCUUCUUCAGAUCUGUAGUUUUGGAUCCGAAUUUGAAAAUCGCGAAUUGGAUUUGAAUUUUCGCUGGACCGUCGUUAUGGCGACGAGGAAUCGGACUUUAAUAUUCAGGAGGUACAGGGAUGCGUUAAAGAGCGUGCGUGUCCCAGCGAGCUCCUCAGCGCCGUCCACGAGUUCUGGUGGUGGCGGUCCUGUGAUUGAGAUGGUGAGCACAUCGCUUCUCAAUCCCAAUCGGUCUUAUGCUCCUCUCAGUACUGAAGAUCCCGGAAAUGUAAGAGGUGCACUGACAGUGGGCUUACCACCUGAUUGGGUGGAUGUAUCUGAAGAAAUAGCUGCAAAUGUGCAACGGGCACGGACAAAAAUGAAUGAAUUAGCCAAGGCUCAUUCCAAAGCUUUAAUGCCUUCAUUUGGAGAUGGAAAAGAAGACCAACGCAGGAUUGAGGCUCUCACCCAUGAGAUCACUGAUCUUCUGAGGAAAUCAGAGAAGAGGUUACAAAGACUUUCUCCAGCUGGGCCUUUUGAGGAUUCAAGUAUUAGGAAGAAUGUGCAGCGCUCUCUUGCCACUGACCUUCAGAACCUUUCAAUGGAGCUUCGCAAGAAACAGUCAACGUAUUUGAAGCGUCUCCAGCAGCAAAAAGAGGGUCAAGAUGGAGUUGACCUGGAGAUGAAUCUGAAUGGGAGUAGACCAAGAAUUGAUGAUGAUGAUUUUGACGAUAUGGUGUUUAAUGAGCAUCAGAUGGCAAAGCUAAAGAAAAGCGAGGCAUUCACAGCCGAGAGGGAAAGAGAGAUCCAACAGGUUGUAGAAUCAGUGAAUGAACUUGCACAGAUCAUGAAAGACCUGUCGGUACUUGUGAUAGACCAGGGUACUAUUGUUGAUAGGAUAGACUAUAACAUUCAGAAUGUUGCAACCACGGUGGAUGAGGGCCUGAAACAGCUUCAGAAGGCAGAGAGAACACAAAAAAAAGGUGGAAUGGUAAUGUGUGUUACGGUGCUAAUUAUCAUGUGCUUUGUCAUGUUGGUCCUCCUAAUCCUGAAGGAAAUACUCUUUUGAAACCUGAUUAUAUUCAAGAAGUCAUUUGCGUUCUUAUUGUUGAAACUCUUCGCCGCCACAGAAUUCAUUGGAGAGAAACAUUGCCAUGCAUGGAAAGGUCUGAUUUGUCCCGGUUAUACGGGUUACAUAUUAGGGCUUCUUUCUUUGUUUCUUCUUUUCCUGUUUUUGAGGCUGCUGAAUGAAGGGAAAAUAAGGAAAGAAAAGGGGUGUGGGCUGUAGUCCACACCCUGGAGAUGAGAUGUAUAGAGCUUAUAAUGUAUAAUGUUUCAUUGUCAAGGACCUCAUCAAUUCUUACAAAAAUUUUGGGUAGUUUGGUGGCUUGGUUUCUGGGUAUUGAAUCUCUAACGGUUUGUAAUAGUAAUUCUUUCAUUCUAUGGUACAAGAUGAAGUGCCUUCUGUAUUAAGUUCCUUCAGUUGUGUUAUGAACAACCGGAUCAUAAACAUCA